AUGCUCCUCCCCCUCCUCCUCGCCGCCUUCCUCCAUGGCUUGUCGCCAGCGGCAGCCCAGGGCGGCGGCCUCCCGUCGCUGCCCAUCGGAGUCAACUACGGCGCGAACGCGGACAACCUGCCGUCCCCCGCCGCCGUCGCGUCCUUCCUCGCCACCAAGACCACCAUCGACCGCGUGAAGCUCUUCGACGCGAACCCGGCCUUCCUGGACGCGUUCGCCGCCAACGCGCCGUCCAUCUCGCUCGCCGUCUCCAUCCCCAACGCCCUGCUCCCCACCUUCGCCGACAGAUCCGCCGGCCUCGACGCGGCGCGCGGGUGGGUCCGCGACAACCUGUCCCCGCACGUCGCCGCGGGCGCCAACGUCACCCUCCUCUUAGCCGGCAACGAGGUCCUCGGCCCCAUCGUCGUCUCCGACCUCGUCGUGGCGCUCCUCCCCGCGAUGCGGCGCCUCGCGCAGGCGCUCCAGCUCGAGAACCUCCCCGGCGUCCGCGUCACCACGCCGCACUACCUGGGGAUCCUGGCGCCCUCCGACGGGAUCCCGUCCAACGCGCGGUUCCGCCCCGGGCUCGACACCAAGAUCCUCGCCCCCAUGCUCAAGUUCCACAACGACACCGGGUCGCCGUUCAUGGUGAACGCGUACCCGUACUUCAGCUACAACGCGGCGACGCUCAACUACGCCGUGUUCCGGCCCAACGCCGGCGUGUACGACCCCGGGACGAAGCUCAACUACACGAGCAUGUUCGACGCGCAGAUGGACGCCAUCUACACGGCGAUGAAGAGGCUCGGGUACGGCGCCGGCGUGGAGAUCGCGGUGGGCGAGGCCGGGUGGCCCACCAAGGGCGAGGCCGGGCAGGUCGGGGUUGGACCCGAGGAUGCGAGAGAUUUCAACGCCGGGAUGAUACGGGUGUGCAGCGGCGGCAAGGGCACCCCGCUCAUGCCUGGGAGGACCUUCGAGACGUACGUGUUCUCGCUGUUUGAUGAGAACCAGAAGCCGGGGCCGAUUGCGGAGCGGAAUUUCGGUAUCUUCAACACGGAUUUCACGCCCAAGUAUGAUCUCGGACUCCUCCGCCAAGGAUCGUCUGGAUCUCCAAACCCAUCGCCAAAUCCAUCUCCGAAGCCAAGUCCCAACCCGUCACCAAACCCCUCGCCGUCAGGCGGAGGCAAGUGGUGUGUGGCCAAGUCCGGCGCGAACGCAACCGACCUGCAGAACAACAUCAACUACGCCUGUGGCUAUGUCGACUGUAAGCCGAUCCAGAGCGGCGGCGCGUGCUUGGACCCCAACAACGUGCAGUCACAUGCUUCGUACGUGAUGAACGCGUUCUACCAGGCCAACGGCCAGCACGACUACGACUGCGACUUCAAGGGCACCGGCGAGGUCACCUCCAGUGACCCCAGUUACGGGAGUUGCAAAUACGUCUCCUGA